AUGUAUUCUAAUUCAAGCAAUUUGGGUAGAACCAGUUUAUUUUGGUGUUCUGUGGAUGACAUUUUGGGUGGGGAUUGCGAGCAAGCCAAGUCUCAUACCUCUGUCUGGACUCCGGAGAGGCAUGAACUCACACAUGAAUUUAACAUUUGCCACUUAUGUUUGCAAGCCAAGUCCCGUACCUCUAUCUGGACUCUGGAGAGGCAUGAACUCACACAUGAAUUUAAUCAAGCCAAGUCUCGUACCUCUGUCUGGACUUUGAAGAGACAUGAACUCACACAUGAAUUUAACAGUAGAAGAAAAAUGAGUGGUUUCAGUCUUCUAAACACAGAUGUUCUUCAUGACAUACUCUCUAGGCUACCAGCUGAUGCCUUUGCGUCCGCGGCUUGUGUUAACAAGUCAUGGAACAAGGCCUGCAAGGGAAUCCUCUCGACGCCUAAACUUGCGUCUGCUCUCUCUCUCAACCCUAAUCUCCAUGAGGCUGUGAAUGAGGUUGUUAACAAGGUUCUCGCAGAACCUAUCUGUCCUGACUUCGCCAUCGCAAGCAUUGGCAAAGGAUUCAACCUUGAAUCGGCUCAUACACUCAUCACACAGAAACUGGGUUCCAGAACUCCAAUAAUCACAAAUGUUGCAGGUGGACUUAUUGGCAUGGAUGCUAAAACAAGCCAAGUAAAGGAGGUGAAGUGGGACGAUGCUGAUUCUGAUGGUGAGCGUAGUCGGAAAAAUCGCGGGAUUUUGUUAACUGUAGGAUUUGUUCCUGGAUUGAAAGUGGAUACAAUCCCACUUCUGAUAGGAAGGACGUAUCAGAACUAUCAAAUGGCUAUGGUGGAUCAGUUCUUGAUUGAUAUUAGUCAAUACACAGACUCAGUCUCAGGGUGCUCAAUCCCUUCUGGAAUCAUAUUAUUUGGGGAUCAGAAUUUCGACAUGAAACCGGUUAUGGCAGAGAUGGAUGCUGUGAUGCCUGAUGAAAUAGCCAUAGUAGGCGAUGGAAGUGGGUCUUUCUUAUGCAGAAAUUGGAACAAUUCUCCUUCUUGUAGCUAUUGGAUUGGUGCAGUUGCUCUGGUUUUUGCCAAGGACAAGCAAAACUCUCCUGGAAUUGGAGAUGUACAAUUCAAUGUGGCAUGUUCAACAGGGGUAAUACCAUUCGGUCCACAACUACAGGCAGCUUCAGUGGAAAAAGGCUCCAAUACAUCCAGGCUUACUUUCACCAUGGAAGGACAUAAUCAAAUCCUUAAUGCAGAGGAACUAGUAGAUGACAUUCUUGAUCUGAUGGAUCAGCAGCAUACUGUUCCAGAUUUGUUCCUUGGUGUCAUUCAUCUACAAAGAGGCUUAUAUGUUGAUGGUUCAGUGAGUUGGCGAGCCAGAACCUCAUUAACGUUCUAUCAAGUCACAGGGUCAUAUGGUAGUGAACUUGGCAUUGAAGGAGUGGGCAUCAAUCCUGGUGAUUCAUUCCUGUUCUACCACUCUGAUCCAGGCACUGCCUUGUGCACUUCUGAUGAAGCUUUCCAGAACCUUUCAGCUUUGAAGGCAGAUUCAAACUUUCCACAAGUCUUGGGUGGAUUUCUAUUCUCUUCGAAUCUCCGCAGCAAAUCGAUUUCUGGAAAACCUAAUAUGGAUAGUGAUCCAUUUCGAGGAAACUUCCCUGGAGUUCCACUGGCUGGAGUGUAUUGUCGAGGAGAAAUCGGAAGAGGCUGUUCAGGUUUAAUUACACAAGAAGAAGUUGCUGAGGAAAACAACCCUCGUCGUUGCCACCAUGUUUACGCAGCAGUUUAUUUGGUCCUGUCAUAUGUUCCUGUUAGUUUAACCUCUGACCACAGUUAGACUCUGAAAUCCGCAUCUAACGGUGCAUAAAUAAUCGAGCAGAGUGAUGUGGUGUAGACAAAAUGUGAUGUGACACACCUAUCAAACCGA